AUGAAGUUUAGAUCGAAUCGGCAAUCGAGGGUUGUGAGUGCUUCAGCUAGUGGGCCCCAGACAGUCCACGAUGUAUCAUUAAAAGCUGCGCAGGCAAUUUUCAAGAAACAAGCAGACAUAAGCAAUGAGGAUAAUGAGGAUUCUGGGAUCGUUGUUGUGGCUCAAGAUAGUGUGAAUGAGAGUAGUAGUAGUGUGAAUAUGGAUUCGGUGUCAUCUGUGCAGUCUUUGUCUCCUCCAGCGGACAGGCAUCCCAGAAGGGACAAGACGAGAAGGUCAUUGCAGUUAUUUGGUUCUAAAAGAAUUAUGUCACCUCAGGCUACCAAAAGGGUGACCUCUUAUAGUUAUACGUCUGAUAAAAAUGAGGCAGGUGACAAGAAAGAAAUGCCUACCGUUUCUGCUGCUGCUGCUGCUGCUGCUGCUGCGGCUGCGGCUGCGAAGGCAGCGCAGUCUACAUGCGAUCAGGAGAGCGCAAAUCGGUCAUCGACUCAGAGCGCACAGUCAAAUCUAAUGCAUUUAGUGCCAAAUCUGAAAUUAGCACGCGAUUCAAAAUCUAGGUCGAAUUCGAAUCUGUCUCUGACAUCUACCACAACAUCAGAAAAUAUGUCUCGUUUCAGUUUUGACGAGAUUGUCGGCACAAUAAAUGUUAAAGAGCCUCAUCCUCAAGUUGAGUUAAAACCAUCUGCAUCUAGAAAGUUAACCAAUAACUUCUACAAUUAUCCGAAUAGCUCGCAAAAAGCUUUAAAUACGACUAGUUCCAACAGCCUUGUUCAUAGUGGCACACAAAACUCACGUAACCAUACAAAUGUCCCUCCGAUAGUAAUUACUAAUUCCUUACCUCCAGUUGCUGCAAGCCCAUCUGCUUCUUAUUCGGCGCAUAUUCGAGCUCAUUUGCCUGACGUUCAGAGUGAACUGUCAAUAUUGAGUGACAUAAAUCGAUCUCCGAGUCCACUAGAGAAGUUUCCAGCCACGCUUUCGAAGUCGCCAUCAGUAAUCAGUUCGGUACAGAGCAACUCCAGCUUCAGGUCUUCCACCUUUGGAAGAGCUUUGAGACGUAUUCCUCCACCGAAAUAUUAUCUUGGAGAGCAACAAAAGGAUUUCGUGAGGCCUUCGCAGGCUGAAUCGAACAUAUCAUCCAAUGAGGGGAUUGAAGGGACUGAUGAAGCCGAUGAGGCCGAUGACACCAGCAACGAUUACAACCCAUCCACCGACCCAGGGUGCAUAAUGGAACCAGAUAGUGAAUUUGAUGAUGAAGAUGAAGAAGAUUUUGAUCCUAGAGAUUACGGAGAGCUUAACAACAUUAACGAUUAUCUAAGAUUUCAAAGCGGUCUUAAAGAACUUAAACUCGGCCAGGAUGACGGUCUUGAUGAUGAUAACCUUUUAGAAUCCGAAAACCAAGAGACAACGGAAAGUGAUUCCCAGUCUUAUUCAACGUCUGCUUCGGCGAAAGACCUUACAAUUUCAAAGGUCUCCUACUCUAACCUAAACAAAAUCCCAUUGAAUGUAACUUAUGGAGGAACACUUCCAAAUUUAAUACCUAAUUAUCACAGGAAACAGUCGAAAUGGAUGAAGCUUUUUCGACGUCCGAUGAAAUACUCUGAUGGUGAGUCUACAACGAUGUUGCCUACCUCAAAUGAUUAUACUCGUGAUGAUACAGCUUUGAUGCAAAGCAAGAUGCAUGUCAGGUUAAAAAAAACUAUGCGAGGAAUUCUUACUGACAGCACUGCUAGCGAAACUCAUUAUAUGAAUGAAGAAGAUAGUGAGGACUCCGAUGAUUAUGAAGCUGAUAAUAACGUAAGAUCUAGAAGCCCCAUAAGAAAAUCGGGUAAAAAACGUGAAAAAAUUCGCAACAAUCUUCGAUACAGAGGAUGUUUUAACGAAGACAAACCGUGGAAAUCCCAUUUGGACUUCGGCUAUGUUACUGAACGUGAAAGGAAACGUUACGAGGCUAUGUGGGUAAGCAAUAAGGAGUCCUACUUAGAACUUUUGCCUUGGUGGCACAAUCGUAAAACCCAUCAAGGACUAGAAGUUCCCGAAGACGGAUUGAUGCUAAACUUAGUAGUCACUGAUAUCUGGUCCAGAAGCAACUUACCACAAGAUACUUUGGCUCAAAUAUAUGAUAUGGUCGAUACCAGGCAUGAUGGUACCCUAGACAGAAAUUCCUUUGUAGUAGGUAUGUGGUUGGUAGAUCAAUCGCUUUACGGAAGAAAGUUGCCUAAGGAAUUGAAUUCGAGAGUAUGGGAUAGCGUUAAUAAAUACGUACUUAACGUUUCCAAUAGUAAUAAGAACCCAAAACACCAUCACCGGACUAGAAAAAAAUUAUUGAAAAAGGAACUAAAGCUGAUAAAAAGAGAGUCGAAAUCUUACAUCACAUGA